UAUAUUGCCUUGCGUCAAUCACAUCCCAUACAGGCCAUAACUACCUAAUCUAUUAUACUUCAACUUCCCAUAUCGCAGAAUCCCCUCUCCCGUGUCUCGUGUAGCAAUCAUAAUGCCGACCUUCUCCCCAUCCCGAUACCCAGAGCGGGCUUAACCUCGAUCAAGGAAUGUGCUGUUUCCCUUGUGCUAUAUCGGUAACAAGGACGCCACCGAUAUGGCAGAAACCAACGAAUCUAAUAGUGCCAAGGCCAGUGGCCAGUCUCCUCGGACUGCUGCCGGUCAAGCAUCGAGCUCUGUGACCAACGCCGAGAUAGACGAUUCGUCUGCCAACCCAAUCCAGACCGUGAAUAACGAACUUGACGGUAAUAACAACGAGGAUGCCACCGAAGACGACGAUGAACCUUCCUUCCCUCUUCUACAGAAUAACGCGAGUAGUGAAACCCUAGUGCAAAAUAUCAAAGCGUCGAGAAGCACGGCCGAAUAUGACAAUGAUGAAGACCCAUCGGUCGCCCAGCCUUUCAUCCGUACCCAUAGCCCAGAGACAUCGCAGCGUGAGGUAACGCCGCCAGAUGAUGACCGGACGCCCAUGCCGUUGGUGUGCAAAAUGCACAAGUUCACCUUGUAUGAGACGGCUAGUCGCUACUAUAUUGUAGGCGGUGAUGUCCCCGAGAAGCGGUUCCGUAUCUUGAAGAUUGCGCGUAAUACGCACGAGGAUCCAAUCUUGAGUAUCGCUGAGGAUAAAACCAUAUAUGGCCGGAAGGAGAUGAACUCGCUCCUGGACACCAUCGAUCAUGGAAAUAAAGCUACCGGUGGUAUUAAACAACGGUGCACGACAUGGGGACUUCUCGGCUUCAUCAAGUUCACUGGGCCAUAUUACAUGUUGCUGAUUACCAAGAAGAGUACUGUGGCCAUGAUAGGCGGGCAUUACGUUUACCAAGUAGAUGGGACCGAAUUGAUCCCCCUGACUCCAGCCAAAUACAAAACAGACGCACGAAAUCCCGAAGAGCCUCGUUUCCUGGGCAUCCUCAAUCAUCUAGAUUUGACCAGAUCGUUUUAUUAUAGCUACUCUUAUGAUAUCACAAGAACGUUACAACAUAACAUUAGUAGAGAGCGUGAGAUUUUAACGAAAGCGUUGCCAGGCGCAAUACAGCACGAUUAUAACAAUAUGUUUAUCUGGAACAGCCAUCUUCUGCGGCCUGCAUCAGAGUCCCUCUCCAAUCCUUUCGAUUGGUGCCGUCCCAUUAUCCACGGAUACAUAGAUCAAGCUGCCAUAUCCGUGUACGGGAGAACAGCACAUAUCACCAUCAUAGCUCGCCGUUCGCGAUUCUUUGCUGGAGCUCGAUUUCUGAAGCGCGGUGCCAAUGACCUGGGCUAUGUUGCAAAUGAUGUUGAGACGGAGCAGAUAGUGUCAGAAUCCCUGACCACUUCCUUUCAUCUACCUGGCCCCAAGCUUUUCGCAAACCCUCAAUUUACUUCUUAUGUGCAGCAUAGGGGUAGUAUUCCACUAUACUGGACGCAGGACAACAUCGGCGUGACUCCCAAACCACCGAUCGAACUCAAUUUAGUUGAUCCCUUUUAUACGGCUGCUGCGCUGCAUUUCAACAAUUUGUUUGAGCGCUAUGGCUCCCCUAUCUAUGUUCUAAACCUGAUCAAAGCUAGGGAAAGAACGCCGCGAGAAUCCAAGUUGCUUCAUGAAUACACUAAUGCCAUCAACUAUCUCAAUCAAUUUCUUCCAGAAAAGCACCAAAUAAUCCAUAAGGCUUGGGACAUGAGUAGGGCUGCCAAAAGCCGGGACCAGGAUGUUAUUAGUACUCUCGAAAGUAUUGCUGAAUCUGUGGUUACGACGACAGGUUUCUUCAAGAAUGGCGAUGGGGACAUAACUGUGGGCAGCGUUCAAAACGGAGUUGCUAGGACAAAUUGCAUCGACUGCUUGGAUCGCACCAACGCGGCCCAGUUCGUUAUCGGUAAGCGAGCCCUUGGACAUCAGCUACAUGCUCUUGGAGUCCUUGAAGACACGUCUAUCGACUAUGACACCGAUGCAGUCAAUCUUUUCACCCAUAUGUAUCAUGAUCAUGGAGAUACAAUCGCGGUCCAAUACGGCGGUUCUCAGCUUGUGAAUACUAUGGAGACUUACCGCAAGAUUAACCAAUGGACAAGCCAUUCCCGUGAUAUGAUUGAAAGUUUCAAACGAUAUUACAAUAAUUCGUUUCUUGACAGCCAAAGACAGGAAGCGUACAACCUUUUCCUAGGCAACUACAUUUUCGCUCAAGGACAGCCUAUGUUAUGGGAUCUUUCUACGGACUACUACCUACAUCACGAAGAUCCUCGUACAUGGUCUGAAAAACCUCAGCACAACUACAUUAACUGGUUCAACCCGACUUUCCUUGAGAAAGCGAAGCUACCCGUUUCGGUACCCCUGCGAGAAGAUAUCCGAGGCAAGCCAGUUUCCCUCUUUGAUGACUAUUGGCUUGAGUACUACAGGCCGGCUACGCUCUCGUCGUUCCCAAAGAUGUUUUCAUACAAGAUGAACUCAACCAUCAAGUACAUACCUUUUAGGUCGACACAAGAUGGUAAAUAUGAUCUGAGCCCUUUUCGAGUCCGCACGGAGGGCGAUCAAGAGCCCCAUGAGAGAAAAAAGCCUGUGACCAAGAAAGGAGUUACCAUUGUCGAUCCUCAAGAUUCUAUCAAGGCCCAGGAUACCGAUGCUUCUUCAGUCAUCACGGAUCGGACUGCCGAAAGGACUGCUGCGAAGGGGAUCUCGAUCCAUCGUUGGCUACAACCACUUCCUGCCGACAGGGCGCCAACCGUUCCUCACAGCAUCAUGAAGGAAACAUUAGAAACGCCUAUCGACGGCCCAAAACCAAAGCAAACACCCCAGGAGAAGUCAAAAGCUGCUCAGUGGACUUUCAAGAAGGUCGUUGAAGAAUCUUUGAACCCAUCGGUCAGUGCGCAAGAAGCGGAGGAUUACGCGCGAUAUGUCAGUCACCCGCAGAGCCUACCACUUGUAGUCUCGAACGAGGCACCAACAGAUAUAGACUCGUCUGAGUACCAAGAAUACCUGAAUGGUAACUGGCAAACGGAUGGCCUCGCUCCGAACACCACGGAGGAGGACAUCUCUGCAUACUAUGAAUUAUUGCGCGUCGGCACUGAUCCGUUGACCGUCACAGAUGAGGAUCUACCUAAGAAACGCUACAAGGCAUACAAGAAGUGGCUUCGUGGCAAAUCGCUCUUCAAGCAGCAGCCGGUCGAUUAGGCAUCGUCCGCUGCGCCCACGACAACAUCAGCUGAUGCAAUAGAUGACUC